GACGCGGCGAGGAGCCAGUAAGAGCCAACAUGCCGUUCGUACCGCAAGUGGUCGUUGUUGUUCUCGUCCGUCCGGUACCGGUUUAAAAACGUGUCGGAACAAAGUCCUCGGGCGUUUGUCUCGCCUUUUCGCGCACAUUUUGUGCCUGUUUUUUUGAAAAGAAACACGAAUCAUCGUGUGUUCGCAUUCAAAUAACCGCCGUUGCGCAAAAUCGUUUUCUCGGUGACAUUUGUGAGCGCUUCAGUGAAAGCUUCGAUAUAAAACAAAUCGUGGAUUGUUCUCCAUUCUCUAUAAUUUCUCGAACGUUUCAUCCGUGUCUCUUUUUCUAUCUUUUGCUCCUAUCCAUUUUUAUUUCCCACUGUUUCUGUCUUUUUCUAUCAUCUGUUCUUUCAUCUCCGUCGUUUUUCCAUACCCCCUCUCUCUGCUCGUCUUUCCGUCAUCGUCUCGUCUGGUCGGUCGCGCGAGGCAGACGGGACCCGAAGCGCACGGAUUUAUAUUCGUGUAGCGCAGGAGAGUUUUAGCAGCUUCGUAAAUAUGGCGUGUGAACAACGGUGGUGCUUUAACCGUGGCUGUGACGGAGCUAACCGACGAUGGCUGUACAUCCUGUUGCUGGCCUUCUGCGUACUACAGCAUCUCGACUCGAGUGUUGCGAACAACGAGCUCGAUCGGUACCACUAUGGACUAUUCGGAGGACACUCGAACUCAGAAAUUGGACCAAUCGAGUUCUCCUACGUGUCCGUGGAAGACCCGUCUGAAAAUGUACAGAUAAUCGACAGACGUCGUCGAGAAACGGACGAGAAGUCACCUCCGACGACUGAACAAACUCCCCAGGAACAACAGCAACAACAAUCGCAGGAACCGCAACAGCAACAACCAGCUGCAACGGAACAUCCUGAAUCUCCAGCACGGAAACCUCCACCGAAGGUGGUAGAAUUGCGAAAGUCGCGUCCAAACGUUUCCUAUUCGAUGGAAUCCACGACUGAAUCGUCGGUCGUUUCGUCGCCCAGACCCACCGCAUGGUUCGUUAAACAGGAACCCACGACGACUGAGAAACCAUCGAAUGUGACAUCGUUGACGGUGGAAUCGGUUCCACUCAAGCCUAGUACCAAAAAUAUGAAGAGCAACGCGACGGACAAAGUAGCUGAGACCAAUAAAAAUGCUACAAACGUGACGGAAUCUGCUGUGACAGCGUCCACGGUCGAGAAAGAUGAUUCUGAAAGCAAUAUCGGGGAUAUAUCUAUCAGCAAGUUUUCUGAUGUGACGAAUAAAACAUUGUCCCAGCAUAACAUCACCAAAACCGAAUUGGACACCCAUCAGUAUUACAAUAGUACGUUCAUCAUUGAUGAGGCUGUCGGCAGAAGGUACUGGGUGGACAUCAACAAGAAUCCGGAUUUGAAAGUCAAUCAUUUGCUCAGUCAAAGCCAUCGUCGAGCUGCGACGGUCAAAUUGAAAUUCGACUUCCCAUUUUACGGCCACAAAGUUCGCAACAUCACAAUAGCCACCGGGGGUUUCCUGUACACCGGCGAAUAUGUUCACAGCUGGCUUGCCGCUACUCAGUACAUCGCACCGUUGAUGGCAAAUUUUGAUACCCGUCUGUCGAACGAGAGCUACGUAAAAUAUGCCGACAAUGGAACUGCGUUUACGGUCGUAUGGGAGAAGGUAGUUUUGCAAGACAAACCGGACGCCGGUGCCUUUACUUUCCAAGUGACGUUACAUCAAAACGGUGACAUCGUGUUCGUGUACUCGAUGAUUCCACUGAUGGUUGAAAAAAUCCAAGACACGGCGCAUCCGGUUAAAGUCGGUCUCAGCGACGCUUACAUCAUGGACAGAAUAGUAUUCUUUGUCCGGAGAAAAACAAUUUAUGAGUAUCACCGUGUGAACUUUAAUCGGCAGGAUAUUAAGAAUUGGACAGUAAUUUAUUUGAAUGCAUUACCUACUUGCUUGGAAAUGGACAACUGCAAAGACUGUCUGACGAAAUUGAAAGAUUUUGACUGCAAAUGGUGUUCAGAACUGAAUCAGUGCAGUACUGGAACAUUUAGGUCACGACAAGACUGGUUGUUGAAAGGUUGUGACGUUAGAAAAAUAAAAGAUGUUAAUAAUUGCCCAUCGCCUACUACGACGUACAAAGAGCACGAAGAAGAUUUUAAUCAUGUAUUGCAUGUGCAUUCGGAGAAAACUGUCGGCAGUGAUUUAAUGAAUGCAAAGCAAGAAAGACCUGGAACGAGUCCUUUAGGACGUUCUCGAGACAACAUGAACAUGGGAGUUUCUGGAAUUAUUGGAAUUCUCCUGGUGAUUGCUUUAGUCGUAGGAUUGGCGGCUUGGGCUGGAUAUGCUUAUCGUAAUCCUCACAGUGCAUCUGGACAAAUGUUGAUUAGGUACCGACCAAGUCAGUGGAGUUGGCGAAGAGGAGAAGCACGCUACACGGCAGCAACGAUUCACAUGUGAUGACAUACAAUUGAAGCGCAGUCAACAGUUUGUACAGAACUGUCGGACCAAAUUUUUCCUACUAAAUAUAUUAACUGCACCAAGUCUGCGAGUCUAUCGGAACCGUUUGCCUGUAAUGACGCAUGUGUCGCUCUGUUAAUUGCAACACAUAUAAACAGCUAAUACCGAUUUUUUGAUACGUAUAAAUCAGCAUUUUGAACCGUAACGUGUACGGUUAUGUUACAUAUCGUGAAACCAAGUAUUUCGUUUUUUAAAUUUAAUAACAAUGGUACGAAUUAAACUACUAGUUAAACUAGCAGUUAAACUACUAAUGACAUUUUAGAUUUUGUAUUUUGAAAAACUUUGUACAGUAACGAUAUCUUGAGGACGCGUGAAAAAAAAAAUUAAAUUGAUCAUCGUAACGUGUAAUUGUUCAUAGUACUGUAAUAUUUCAGACGAAACGUUUUCAGAGCGAGUGACAAAAGGUAAGAGACAAACGGAGACCGGUAUUAUUUAAUUGACUUUACGAAAACAUUGGAUGCGUUUUCCAAGUCAAAGUAACCGUAUUGUCGAAUGUCGGGUGAGAGAUUUUUAGCCUGGAUAUCGAGCGUUUAUGUGAUUUUAGUAUCAAGUGGUAUACCUUGUUAUUGUUUAAGAAUUCGUUUUUUAUCGUUAUACGAACUACAAUCAUUGUUUAUAAAUAUAUAUAAAUAUAUAUGUAUGUAUAAUCUUUGCGGCGUAAAGCGCAAUGUUUUAAAGAAAUCAAUUAAACAAUCAAGUUCCGAUCUAGCAUGUGGAAACUACAGUUCAAAAAAACAUAUUACGUGAAUUAAAUUUCCACAAAAUCUGAUGAAAUGAUCUUACAAUCUAAAAAACACUUUUUUUAUUAUAACUAUGUUUAUUUCUUGUACAUUCCAAAAGGUGCAGUUCCAUUGAAUACCUAACAAUGUUGAGUACAGGAAAUUACUAUAUAUGUGAACUGUAGUUUAAUGUUUAAAAUUUUAAUGUGUAUGUAGGUAUAUAUGCAUAUGUCCUCAGUGAUAUGCGAGUACUACGUACAUACAUAUAUAUAUACGUGGAAUAUAUAAGUAAUUAUAUAAAUAUAUAUUUUAUGAAAAAGUGUUUAAAACCGUGAGCACCUUAAUUUGUAGUAACAUGCAUAAGAAGACAACAAUGAAAAACUCAUAUGUAUUGAUAACAUUAGAUCAUCAGUGUAUAUAGUAGUAUGUUAAAGCAAUAUAAUUUUUAUAUGAUUGUAAGUAUAAUUAAUAUCAAAAGGUGCCUUCGAUCACAUUUUUGAUCCCUUUAUUGGCAAUAAAUAUAUAUAUAUAUAUAUAUACAUAUAUAUAUAUACAUAUAGAUUAAGUAUUUUUCUAAUACUGCAAAUUAUAAAGUCCAUGCAAAUUUUUAUGUCUUGAUAAGCUGAAAAGUAAUUACAGACUUGAUCAUUUCUUUACUUGUGUAUACAUUUGCUGUACGUGCAGCAGAUUUUCUGUAACAUUGUGAUUCUGUAAUUAAUCUGUGGAAAUUAUAUAAAACUAUUUAGGGAAAAGGAGGCAAUUAU